GCACAGAAGAUGCAGCUGGCCGGCUUCCUGCUCCUCCUUCUGGCUGGACGAUUGGUCCUUUCUCAAGGUCAGCUGCAUCCCAAGCACUACGGCCAGGGUCAUGCCCACCGCCCCCAUCAGGCUUCCAGCACAGGUGACUUCUCCAGCCUCAAGACCACCCCAGGCAUCACCAUCUUUGCCCGCGGCUUCCACCACCUGAUGGCUUCCCAAGCCCCCAGGGGCAGUAUCCUCUUCUCCCCUCUGAGCAUCUCUGGACUAGCUAUGCUGUCCCUGGAGGUCAGCUCACACAGCAGGACUCAGAUCCUGGAGGGUCUGGGCUUCAGCCUCAUGCAGGUAUCAGAGUUCAACAGCCACCAAGGCUUCCAGAACCUUCUGCACACUCUCUACCUCCCAGGCAACAGGCUGGAGAUAUGCAUGGGCAGCGCCUUGUUCUUGAGCAUGCUUCUUCCAAGAUUUCUCAAGGAGUCCGAAACCUUCUAUGAGUCUAGACUCUUCUGUAGCAACUUCAAAGAUGUGAGCGUGACCCAGCUAAUCAACCACUACCUUAGGGAGGAAACUCGGGGGAAGAUUGUGAAUUUGGUCAGCAAGCUCAAUGCCGAUACUAUGAUGUUGUUGGUGAAUUAUGUGUACUUCAAAGGACUCUGGGAGAAACCAUUCAUCCCUUCUUUGACCACUCCCCACGACCUCUAUGUUGAUGAGGACACCACCGUCAAGGUGUCUAUGAAGCUGCAGGAUACCCAGCUCCACUGGUAUCUUCACAACAGGAACUUGCUCUGCUUGGUGUUGUGGACGGAUUAUCAAGGAAACAUAACAACCCUCUUUAUCCUUCCUGACCGAGGGAAGAUGGAACAGGUGGCAGAGGUUUUGACUCCGAAGAUACUAACAAGAUGGAACAACUUGCCCUGGAAGAGCUAUUUUUACAGGAAGCUCAAGUUGUAUCUCCCAAAGUUCUCCAUUUCUGGCUCCUGUAACUUAGAUCAGAUUUUGCCCAAGCUGGGCAUCACAGACCUGUUCUUUCAGCAGGCUGACUUGUCUGGCAUCACAGAAUAGCUAAACCUGCGGGUGUCCAAGAGCUUCCGCAAGGCCAUCCUGGAGGUGGGUGAAGUUGGCACCCAGGCUGCAGUGGUCACCAGCAGUUCUGUCACCUUUUGGUCCCGGGACAACCGCCAAGCCCUUUGGUUGAACUGGCUCUUCCUUGUGGUGAUCUUUUCCGCCAAUGCCCAGAGCAUCCUCUUUCUGGGAAAAGUGGUCAACCCCACAAAACCAUAG